AUGCGCAUGACACUUGAGCUUGGCGGCCUGUUGCUGGCCGUACAGGCCUUUGUUGCCAGUGCGCAGAAUUGUCCCUCUAUCCAUGUUUUCGGUGCUCGCGAAACAACUGUGGCCCCAGGCUACGGUUCCGCCGGCGCUCUUGUCCAGCAAAUCCAGAGCGCCUACCCCGGAACGACGUCGGAGGCGAUUACGUAUCCAGCCUGUGGCGGUGGAGCGUCCUGUGGAGGGAUUCCGUAUGGUGUCUCUGCUCGUCAGGGAACCGCUGCUGUGGCUUCGGCUGUGAACAACUUCAAUCAGCGAUGCCCAAACACCCAGCUUGUGCUUGUCGGAUACUCCCAGGGCGGCCAAAUCAUGGACAACGCUUUCUGCGGAGGCGGUGACACUUCCGCUGGUAUCACCGACCCUAGCAUCCCCAUCUCGAGCGCAGCACAGGCCCAGAUCAAGGCCGCGAUCUUCCUCGGUGACCCGCGUUACCGCUACGGCCAGGCCUACGGUGUUGGCACCUGCCGUGCUUCGGGCUUUGCCGCCCGUCCAGCCGGUUUCACCUGUCCCAACGCAAGCAAAGUUCAACUGUACUGCGACUCGCAAGAUCCCUACUGCUGCAACGGCAACGACGCGAACCACCAUCAACAGUACGUCUCCAUUUACGGCUCCCAGGCGAUGAGCUUCAUCCGCGCCAGGCUCAACGCUUCUGGUGGUGGUGGCACGCAACCCCCUGCUCCGACAAGCACCUCUGGUGGUGGCGGCGGCGGUGGUACCUGCUCUUCGCUCUGGGGCCAGUGCGGUGGCAAUGGAUGGAGUGGUCCGACUUGCUGUUCGAGCGGACGCUGCAACAAGGUGAACGACUGGUACUCUCAAUGUGUGAACUAG